AUGAUGAAUAUUGAAACAUUAGACGGCAGCAAUGAUUUAAUGAAAGAAGAAAUACUUAACAACAGCAUUAAGAAUGUAAAACAAGAACCAAUUUAUGAAAAUGAUCAAGAUUUGUACACAAGUAUGAUUAAUUAUGAAGAAGUGACUGUUAAAAGUGAAAUAUUAGAUGAAAAUGUUGUUAUGGAAGGUGAACAAAUUGAAAAUGAAACACCAGAAGAAAGCAAUAAUGAUAGUGAUAGUGUUCAAAAUAAUUUAGUUCAGCAUAAACGUGUUCAUAGUGGCGAAAAACCGUUUUCAUGUGAUGUUUGUAAUAAAACAUUUACUCAACGAAGUACUUUAGUUAAGCAUAAACAGGUUCAUAGUGGACAAAAACAAUUUUUAUGUGAUGUUUGUAAUAAAACAUUUAGUCAGCAAGCUUAUCGACAUUAUUUAAUUACACAUAAACUAAUUCACACCGGUGAAAAACCAUUUUCAUGUGAUUUUUGUGAUAGAACAUUUACUCAACAAAGUAAUUUAGUUGCACACAGACGGAUUCACACUGGAGAAAAACCAUUUUCAUGUGAUAUUUGUAAUAAAGGAUUUACUCGCCAGCUUCAUUUAGUUCACCAUAAACUUAUUCAUACUGGAGAAAAAUCAUUUUCAUGUGAUAUUUGUAAUAAAUCAUUUCCUAAUGAAAGAUCUUUAGUUAAACAUAGACAGAUUCACAGUGAAGAAAAACCAUUUUCAUGUGAUAUAUGUAAUAAAACAUUUACUUAUCAACAUUAUUUAGUUAAACAUAAACUAAUUCACACCGGAGAAAAACCAUUUUCAUGUGAUUUUUGUAAUAAAACAUUUGCUCAGCAAAGUAAUUUAGCUUGCCAUAAACGUAUUCACAGCGGAGAAAGACCAUUUUUAUGUGAUAUUUGUAAUAAAAGAUUUACUCAACAAAGUAAUUUAGUUAAACAUAAACUAAUUCAUACUGGAGAAAAACCAUUUUCAUGUAAUUUUUGUAAUAAAACAUUUACUCAGCAAACAUCUUUAGAUAGACACAAACGUAUUCAUACUAAAUAAAAACCAUACCAUUGUAGUACAAUCAUCCUAGAGAAUCGAGAAAAAAUUAUCUACCUAAAUAUUAGAUAACAACAAUAUUACAGUAAUCCUAGCCGAAAUGCUAUAUAGUAAAUCGCAUUUGGGGGGGACUUUUUGGUUAUGGUUAGAGUCAGGAAUUAUCUAAGAGAGGGGUUCAAACUUUUUCAUCUUAGUUCAUAAUCAAUAAAAACAAGAAACACUUUUUUCGAAUAAGAUAACCUUUUAUUAAUUCAAAAUAUGAUAUUCAGUUACUGUUCAAUAAUAAGCUAAUUCUACGAGGGACAGUCACUAUUCAAUAAGUUAAUUUUGUCACUAUUCAGUUCAUUCAGUCACUAUUCAAUAAUAAGGUAAUUCUGCGAGAGACAAAAAACACUUUUCCAAAACUCUGUACGCAUCGACCUCUACACCGAGAUGUAUAUCGAGCGAGGCUAAACUGACUAGAGGGUCUUAAGAUAUUGUUGACCUAAGCCAUACAUCCUAUAAAAAAAAAAACGCACGCCCUUACACAGAGUAUAUUUGAAUAACCCAGCUUGGCUUUUUAUGGAGGAAUUACUCUGAACAAAAUAUUUAAAGUAACAGCACAUCCUUUUUCUUGUAAAAGCACACCCGAAAAUCAAAAAAUUUAAU